AUGUUUGGCGAGAAAGUAAUAGAGCUGCUGAAGGAAUCGGAGAGAAAUCGUGAAACAUUAGACCAAUAUAAUGAUGAAAAAAUUCGUCAAAUAAUAGAAGAAAUGCACGUUUUAUUCAAAUUAAACAUGAAUGAUGCAAAUGCAACAACAGAGAACAAAUCUCUGUGGACUACAGUACAGGUGCGCCAUUCAGCUUUAGAGCGAAACAAGCGGUGUCUUCUAGCUUAUUUAUAUAAUCGCAUGAAUAAAAUUAAAAUAUUAAGAUGGGAGUUUGGAUCUGUGUUACCUCCAGAUAUUAGAGAACUCUUAUCAGAUGCAGAAUAUGAUUGGUUUUCAAAGUAUUCAACAAAUUUAGCUACUUAUAUGCGGUCACUGGGGCAAGAUAUAGGCUAUAAUGGUAUUGAUCUAACAGAAAACUUGAGGCCUCCAAAAUCAUUGAAUAUAGAGGUUUUAUGCCUUGUAGAUUAUGGAAAACUAGAAUUAGAAGAUGGGGAUGUUAUAAUGUUAAAAAAGAAUAGUACACAUUUUCUACCAACAUCAGAGUGUCAAACACUUAUUCGACAGGGUAUUCUGAAGCAAAUCACAUAA